AUGGGGUUUAAGUUCCAUAAAAUGGAUGACAUUCUUUUCUUUCAUGAGAGGCGGGAUAUUAUUCAACAAUGCCACAAAUAUCUGAGAGAAAUACGCAAAUACCGAAAAGAAGUCCGUCCAAUUGUGUACCUCGAUGAGACUUGGGCAAAUUCGUCCAUAGCCCCUGAACGCUUGUGGCUAGAUGAAGAAGGAAAGGGUGGAUGGAAAAGACCUUCUGGGAAAGGCAGACGUCUUAUUAUACUUCAUGCAGGCUCCAAGAACGGAUGGACUCCAAACUGCGCUCUUGUGUUCCGUGGAGAUUAUCAUGAUGAGAUUAAUGGAGAACAUUUCUUGAAUUGGUUUGAGAAGAAGCUACUACAGAACGUUCCUGAAAGAUCUGUUGUCGUCUUAGACAACGCUCCUUAUCACAAUGCAGCACUAGAUAAACUCCCAACCAAAUCCAGCACCAAGACCGUGAUGAAAGAGUGGCUAACAAGUAAAAUCAUUGCAUUUGAAGACACAAAUCCCAAGGCAGACUUGUUUGCAAGAAUCAGAGACGCCGCUCCCAACAGGAAACUGUUUCAGACGAAUGAUCUGGCACGACGACUCGGUCAUGUAGGUCUUCGAUCUCCUGUUGCUCACUGUGAGCUAAACCCGAUUGAAUUGGCUUGGUCAAAAGUCAAACGGUACUUGAAAGAGCACAACCAAACCUUCAAGCUGGCCGACUUGGAAGAACUGGUAUCUGCAGCGUUUCAGUCUGUGACUCCGGAGAUGUGGAGAUCGUACUGCAAACACGUAGAAAAGAAGAAGAAAAUUUCUGGAAAAAAGACGGGAUGCAGGAAGACCUCGUGGAGAGAUUCAUCAUCACAAAUGAGAUAG